UGCAUAUUGGCCACGCAAUUCGGGUUUCCCCUUGCCUCAACGUUCUAUAUCGAAUUCUUCAACAGAACGACCCACUCUACCGCCAAUCCUAUCGCUAGGAAUAGUUCUUAUCACCACCUUCCGUUCUGUUGGUGCUGCCUAGCGUGCUUGUUUCAAUGUCGGUCAUUAUGCGACUGCCGGGUGGGCGGAACAAGAUAUUGUUGAGCCUCUCAAAGACUCACUUAAGUGCAAAGCCUGCUGCUGCCAAACCCAAUUUCUUUCCUCGCCCAAGCUCUCGUACAUUCACAAACACAGCGUAUAGGAGAACUGCUGCAGAAUCCAUACCCGCCCCCGCCAAAAAAUCACUCCCGCUCCGAAUCCUUUACUUCACCGCACUCGCAGUCGGAUUCACCUCAGCAGGUUUCCUAAUGGCGGCCGCACCAGCAAUCUCCACGGCGAAGGAGUUCCUCAACGUGCCUUCCGACGAGGAGACCCUGUCGUUAUACACCCCUGAGGAUGCCAAAGCUCAAGAAGUCGAGGACUUCAUCAACAACCACCACCUAGCGCGCGAGCUUAGGAGCAAGCCGGAAUAUAGAGAGUCGAGGCCACAUCUUAAGAUCCCCAAAGGAGUCCGCGAGCAGAGCCUCACAGGCGGAACCCUGACCGGCCCCAACCGCGUCGUUGUCCCGCCGUUUGCCUGGAACGAAGAGGGCGGAAAGUCAAUGGUCGUCAUCUCAUACCUCGGCCGUGAUCUGUGCGGUCACCCUGGCAUCAUCCACGGCGGCUUCCUCGCUACUAUGCUCGAUGAGGGCCUGGCUCGCUGCUGCUUUGAGGCCCUCCCGAACAAGGUCGGCAUGACAGCGAACCUAAACAUCAACUACCGCAGCCCGGCGCCGGCGGAUACCUUCGUUGCGCUGCGAGCUAAGACAAUUAAGGUUGAGGGGAGGAAAGCAUGGGUGGAAGGUCACAUCGAGACCUUGGUUGGCGAUGGAGAGACGCCUGUGGUGCUGGCAGAGGCUACCGCGUUGUUCAUUGAGCCACGCCAAGCUGCGCGUUUGAAGGCGCUGAACCCUACCAAAUAAGGGACGUGUGUCAUAUUGCGCAUAUCUACCUGGCAUGAAUACGGCUACAUACAGCUUUGAGAGCUGGUGGUCUGUUCUGUGGAGGGGAAAUGGAAGGAGGGUGUUCCCGUUUUUAGAAUAAAGCAGGAUCUAGAUUUAAAUGGCUAGAGAGAGGAUACUAUAUUACAAGAGGAGGGGAUUAAGGCUUGAUAUAGAACAUAAUGAAGUACCGAAUGAAAUGAAGUCCAAC